AUGCAGGGAAAUAAGAAACAUACGGAAGGACAUAGUGACUCCUCGAGUAUUGGGAGUCUUCUGGAUGACACAGACAGAGAGGUGAGCAGCCUCACAGCCCGGGCUUUCAAAAGUUUGUGUGUGGCAGAACUUGAAGACUCUUACAAUGAACCAGAUCUUGCCAUUUCCCCUGACUUCACUCGCCAGUUCUCUGCUAAAUUUCACCCAGGGAUGUUAAACCAUGCCAUCAAGAAGAGCAAUGUCUGUAACAAGCUAACAGCCAGAAAGAAUGAACAUACAAUAUGGGCUUCGACAUUCCAGCAGUUACCAAAGUGUGCUCAGGAGGAGAAAAAGGCUGCUAAAGUUAGCACCCUUGGCACAGAAAGGAGAAAGCUGAAUUUGCCAGCCCCUGGGCCGAGGAACAAUAAACAUGUUUCAAAAGUGUCCUCUCUGAUUAAGACAUUUGAUAAGACUGAAAACCAAGGGUCAGGAAGUUCCGUGGUAGGCAGUAAGCAGCCCAUUAAAAAUAGCUUUCAGAAAUGUAAGUUAAAUCAUGGAAAUGAUAUGGCUUGCUGGGAUGACACAGCCAUUUUAAGCAUCCAGAAGGAACUUUCUGAAUUUUCUGAUGCUUGUCGAGAUAGCCACUGUCUCAGUGGCAAACAUGAGCCACAGAAAAGGCCUAAUAAAACCGAUCAGAGCUAUUGUGGUCCCGAUAGUUAUUAUCCGGUGCUGAUUGAGAUGUCAAAAGUAGCCAAGUCAAAUUUCUCCCGUUUUUCUAAAAAGGCUGUCAAAAACAGAAGUGUGAAAGUUAAUGAGCCAACCAAAAAAGGUAAUUUUCUUCACAGUGAGAACAGUGCUUUUGAAUCAUGGAAUGUCCAUCAUAAAAAACUGUCUGAAAAAGAGGAAUUUGUUGAUAAAAUAACAAAAAAAGAAGGUUUUAUGUACCUUGAAGAAGCACCACUUAUUAAAGGAUCCCGCACACGUGAACAUAAAUUACCACCUGUCAAGACCGCUAUUGCUAGAAAGCAGGAGAAAGAUUUUCAGAUUGAGCCAACUCCACCAGAAACUGCUUUCAGUGUCCCCCUCCCAACUGUAUAUAUACCUCAGGGCCCUCUCCCAGUCCCAUCAGGAACUGAUUUUCAUGCUGCUCUUCCUCCUCCGCCCCCCUCUAGGAUCCACACACACCAGGGCCCUCCUCCAACACCCCCUGUCCCUGAAGCCCCUCUUGUUCCUCCAGUCCCAGUUUCCCCCCCUGCUAUGUCCCAGGCCUCCAUCUCACCCCAGUCUGUGUCCUACAGGACCAUUUUGCCCUCACCCCCUUCCCAGGCACCUGACCUGCCCGCCCCAGGACCCCCGGCUGCAUUGACUGAGGAGGAGGCCCUCAGUCCCCGCCUAGGUAGUACCUGUCCGCCAUGGAGGAGACAGAGGAUUGCAAAAGGCAAAGCAGAGAGGAGACAGACUUCAAAGGAGACGUUCACGGCCAGCAGCGAGACAUGCUCGCUAUCUGAAAAGGUCGCUGCGGCUGAACCUUUCCUGGACACAACUCCUUGGGCUAAACAGGUAAACACCCUGGGAUCGAGCAGUCCCUCUUUCAACAUCACUGAACUCUUAACACCCAUCAUACCACCAAAACAAGAGGCAGACCCUGUGGAAAGUGGGCUGAUCCUAGUGACACCUCCUCCCACCGAGAGCGUGGCAGGGAGAGAGCAAGAGGAGAGUGGGUUUAUUGAUUACCGAUCUCGGGAUAGUUACAAAUCUAAAGCAACAAGUUUGUUAUUCAACUUGAAGGAUGUCCGUAAACGUGUUAAAAGCAUUUAUACCCCUUCUCCUCUGUUAAGGGCCUUGGAGGAUAGAAAUAAGACUAAUGACACACAAGAGAGUGUAAAAAUGAAUGACUCACUGUCGACUUUGCAAGAAGAAAGUAACAAAAAGAUUGCAGAAAAAGAAGAAAUGAGUUCACCCCAAACAACAGCAGAUCCUUUACUUUACCAAACCAGAGACAAUUUGCAGCAAGGUGAUUCAAAAUAUGAAGAUCUUGUUGAAAACACUAGGGAUAAUGAAAGCUUCCCCUUGUUCAGACAUCAAUCAAAAGAACUUGAUUUAAGAAAAAGUCUGUGCUAUCCAACACUGAAACCGUAUAGUAGAGACAAUGCAUAUAAAACAGCUGGGCAGUCAAUGCAAAAUCUCAGUUUCCAAGGUGAGGAAAAUGAGAGACAGACUGAUAAUGAAAAUUUUGCCUUCAAAACACUCCCAAACCAGCUUUCACCAGCAGAGGAUGUGCCUUACAGUGAUAACCAAACCAGUGUGCUAGUAACUGGCAAUGAAAUAAAAGGCAAAAGAAGCACUAGUUCUUCCGAGCAGUCUUUUGUGUCCACAGUAGAGCAACCCUUUCAGGAGGAACUGUUUCCAUUGGUGCCACUGAUCCAGAAGGGAUGCCUUCAAGAAAGCCAGAGGAAUAAGAAUGAAAUGAGUGCAGACAGCAAGAAAAGCCACAGGGAGAGAGAGAAAGCAAUUGGGGAAGAUGAACUGCAAUAUUACGCUUGUAUGAUUUCUGGUACUAGUUCAGCAGAGAGGAGUGAGGGUAAGGUUACUGGAAAUGAACAGAGGGGCCUGAUGAAAGAGAAAAUGAGAAAAGAGAAAAAGGAAGAGGCCAACAGCAUGGAUUCCGCUUUGGACAGUAUAAAGGACACAUCCACCUUGAGAUCUGAGGAGCCACAAACACCACCAUCUGCAAGCUCAUCCAAACCCAGUAUGUUCAUGAUUAAAGAUAACACAUUCAGGUCUCCUCAGGUAAUAAGGGCUGUCAAGCUGCCCCUGUUCAGGUCCUUUUCCUUAGAUGAUACAGUGAGCAGCAGUUAUAGGGAAAUGCAAAGUAGAUUUGUGCCCACAGCAGAGAACAAGCAGUGCCCAGAUAUGUUGUAUGUCCCAGAGCUAGACUGGUUGUCAUCAAGACUCAGAGUGCAACAGAACGUGAGGGAAGAAGCAGCUAGCAGAAAGAUAGAUGCCAGUGAGCCUGAAUCUACUUCAACAGUGCUGGACCCCAGUCUUUUGGAAGAUAUAGAGAGCUUUUCAUUAGGGAAGUUGAUGGAAGAAGAUGAAGAGACCUGUGGUUCAUUGAAUAAAGCUGGGAAAAAGAACAAGGAGAGCAUUUGUGGAAGUGAAGAGAAACCCAAGAUCUGGAAGGAAAGACACAGGUUAACACAGCCAGAUUUAGGUCUAGAAAAUAACCGAGCGCUAAACAACCCAAGCUAUCCUGCAGAAGGAAAGAUUAAUUACUUUAAGAAUCAUCUUUUAUCUAAUCGCAAGGGUGGCUCUUGUGCGAAAAAAAUAAUCACUAGGGAGACAAGUUCCCCUGUGGUAGGCUCUCUGUCAGAGGACUACGCAUAUUCUCCUGUAUCUCAUGAAGCUUUAGAGGACAUCCUACCCAUGCAAGGCACACCAGUUUUGUUAGACAAUCUUGCAUGUUCUGCUGUAACAAGCCCCAGGUCAGGCAGCACAAUGCACUCCCUUCUUACCAGCUCACCAUCAGAGAAACCAACAAUUUCUAGUUGCAGAGAGGCAGAGGAUGUUAUAAACCCUGCCUUGCUAAACAUGGCACUAAAGAGCCAAGCUGAUAUAUCUGCUGAAGAGAGACUUGAUUCAGCGCAGGGGAAUCUGCUUUCCGCUUCUGCAGGGGCAGCUGAGAGAUUGGAGCUCAGGGGCCUUGGGGAGAGAGCAGCAGGCAAGCCUCCUGCUGUGCCACCGAAAACAGAAAAGGCUCUGCGGCGAGCCAAAAAGCUGGCAAGCAAGAGAAAGAAAAUAGAAGAGCAGCAGAAAAAACAUCAGACAGAGCAUACAGCUGCUGUUGGGAGAGAGCCAUCUCAUUCUGGGCAAAUGCUAGCAUUUCCCUCACCCGCAGGAGAUUCUCCUCUCCAUCCUGCCCUUCACUCAGCUUUUACUCCUACAGAAACCAGUAUAAGAAGACUCAGUGGUGCAUCAGCAGUAAGCCCUUCACCCUCUUCAACCCAGCGUAAACUCCUCCAAGACCCUGACUCUGGCCAAUACUAUGUAGUUGAUUUACCAGCUGAAGUUAAUGUAAAGACAUUUUAUGAUCCAGAAACUGGCAAAUAUAUCCAAGUCUCUGUCCCUUCCUCAAAAGGGAACUUAUACCAACCCCCCUCUUCAGAAAUUAUAAAUUCUCCAUAUGCCUCCUAUCCUAGAGUGCUGCCUUUACCAGCUUCGUCUGUAGCAGCGCUGAAGUCACCGUCUCAGCUCUCUGAACCUACCAGGUUAAUGCAGACUGUACCAGGAGAGCCAGCAGAACUUCCUGAAAGUCACCAACAGGUCUGCAGAUAUGUUGAGCCUGUAGAUACCCAGCCCUGUAUUAAUCCAGCCUCUUACUCCCAUAGUCAAUAUGCUGAAGAAACUCAAAUUCACUUAGGAAAGGACAUGAGUCCAACCCCAGCUACAGAUGUAGUGUCCCUCACUGAUUUAGCUGAUUUUGCUGCUGAAGGGGUAUCUUGAAAGCUGAAGUUAAAAGAUAUGCCACCUACUAUUUUUAAGAUCUGUUCAGACAAGCACAUGCACACACAAGCAC